AUGGCGGACGACGAUCUCUCACAGCAGUCCAUGACUGGCAUUGUUGGAGCCGCCGAGCCCAAGAGCGAGGUCAAGAAAGUCAAGAAGAAGAAGGUCCUCCUCAUGGGCAAGAGCGGCUCUGGAAAAUCGAGCAUGCGGUCCAUCAUAUUCAGCAAUUAUCUCGCCAGAGACACCCGUAGACUAGACGAGGACGGCGAAGGAGACAUGGCUCUACGUGCCGCCGGAUCAUCGCUGACAGAGGUUGCUCAUGAUAGCGGCGCUACUAUUGAUAUCGACCUGUCCCAUGUGAAGUUUCUCGGCAAUCUGACCCUGAACCUGUGGGACUGUGGCGGACAGGAGGCUUUUAUGGAAAACUACCUCUCCCAGCAGCGGAUGCAUGUCUUCAGCAACGUCGGCGUGCUCAUCUACGUCUUUGACGUCGAGAGCCGGGACGUCGACCGCGACAUGGCCACCUACAUCUCUGUCAUCUCCGCCCUCAUCCAGUACUCACCGACCGCCAAGGUCUUUGUCCUCGUCCACAAGAUGGACCUCAUUCUCUCGGCCCAGCGCGAGUCCAUCUUCGAGGACCGAGUCAAACUUGUCCGUCAAAAGACUGCUGAAUGCGUCGCAAGCGCUGGAGUCGGCCUGCCCACCUUACCCUCUGGCGAGGUUGACAUAACCGCUUUUGCUACCAGCAUAUGGGACCAGUCCCUUUACAAGGCAUGGGCCAGCAUCAUCCACGACCUUGUUCCGAACCUGGCCCUCAUCGAGACCAACAUCGGCCACCUGGGCCGCCUCAUCGAGGCCGAAGAGAUCCAGCUCUUUGAGCGAACCUCGUUUCUGGUCGUCUCCAACUGGUGCUCACCAGUCGGCGCUCUCAACCCUUUCGAGGACCGAUAUGAGCGCAUGUCCAACAUUCUCAAGUCGUUCAAGUCAAGCCUGGCAAAGUACAGCGGCACCCCGCGUAAUGCGGAGCAAUUCCGGGACUUUGAAUACAAGUCCGGCACGCGCUUUUCCCUCUUCAUCACAAAAUUCACCACAAACACUUACAUCCUCGUCGCGCUUCCACCCGGCGAGGCCCGCUACAAUGCAGCGCGCCUCAACGUCAAGAUAGCCGCAAAGCAGUUUGAAUAUCUUGACUCGCCCGCCGGCACAAAGGACGGCGCCGCGGCCAAGGACGCCGGCGCCAAGGACAUCGCCUUGGGUGAGCCCGUCGCAAUCUCCGCCUCGGGCAACUCGUCUUGA